GGAGCUUGCUGGGUAGUGCCGUUCGUGGCAGCCGAGUAGAAGGUAACAUUCGUGCCCAGUCUCCGCAUCCUCGCCACUGACACGUUGGCGACACUCUCCCGAGCGCGCACACACACACACACGUGGGGCUCCCGGCGUCGUCCGAACACAGUUAAAAACCGCGAGAGACAGAGAGAGAGAUCCGAGCUGUCGAACCCCCGAAGAGGGAAGACGAGUUUUCUCACCUCUUGAAGAGGCGUUCUUUCUGAUUGAAAACUCCAAAUUCACGCUUUUCAAAGACUUCUCUAGAAGGCGCUGUCAUUGCUUGGAGGGUUUUGGAGUGCCCGCGCCCUCUCUCGCACACAACACAUAUCAGCCUCAACAGAGACAUGGAAAAGACGCCCAUGUACGCUGUGGUGACGCCCUCCGGGCCCCAGAAGAAGACCCGUCGGGUGAUAUGGGUGGCUCUAGCCGUCAGCUUGCUCGGUCUGGUCAUCGCGGGCGUGACGGGUUACGUGUUAAAGCGCCAGGGCGACCGAGUGAACGCCCUCGAGGACACCGUCCUCCAAAUGCAGCUACACAUGGAGCAGCUUCUCCAGUUCACGCACGAGUACCUCGAGUACGAGGAGGAGGACGACCUCGACAAUCCUCAGGGCGUCUAUGAGGAGCUGACAGUGAGGGGCGUGGUGAGAAAGAAACGACAGGCCCCUGCCGACGACAGCGACAAGAAUGCAGGAGUCCCCAUAUACGAAGAAGCGUAUGGAGUCAACCUAAAUAACCGUUUCAAUUCCGAGGGUCUCCGCCUCUACGAGUCGUUCGGAGACAGCCCAACCAGCGAUCAGCUCAACUUAGAGACGACUGAAUCUCCCAUCAAACCUUACCACAGAGACGGAAGACUUGACCCGAGUGGUUCUCGUCUCUUCCCACUUCCAGCAGUUUCGAACUUGUGGGUCCCUAAGAAGAGACGCCAGCGGUACCCACCAGCUUCAGGCCCUGAACUCUCCCCCAGGGCUCAAGUCAAGGCUGCUGCCGAGGACGACAGCAGCGACUACGAAGACUACGACGCCGAGAACAUCGCUCUCCCUCGGCAGGUGGGAGGAGGAGGAGGAGGAGGAAGGCGCCGCGCCCCGGUCCUUCAGAGGAGCAUCCGCGUCAAGAGUCUGCACGGGGCGGGCAGGGAAAUCCGACGUCGCCAGAAGUCACGUGACCAUUCUAACCAAAAUCCCGCCAAAGUGGUGUUCCGAGAUUCGUUUGUGAAGGCCACAGCCCGCAACGACGGAUUCCCCUCCACUGCUGGUCUCAACAGCGUAGUGCCACAAACCUCGGAGGCCAUCGUGGUUCCACAGACGCCAACAGUCGUCCGGCAAGGACCCCAGUCCUCCUACAAAGCCGCCGAUGCUCUUGUUAAUCCUUAUGCUGGAAAGGACGUCAGGAAGAAGAGGCCCAGGAAGAAGUCCUCACGCCGAGGAGACCGCAGACGAGGAGCAAGGUCAACCAUCACCUUAGGUCACUUCGUGGCCGCUCCUGCCAACCGGACAGCGCACCAUGUAUCUGGCAGCGACAUUCACGACGAGUGGACACCCGCAGCAUGGAUGGACAAUCUGGGACUGAACAGAAAAUACACUCUCAGGAGAGGACUGGUCACCGUGAAGGAGUCCGGUCUUUAUUACCUCUACGCUCAGGUACUGUAUGAGCAGGGACGCUUCGGCACAGGUUUCCAGGUGAUGGUCGAUGGCAUUCCAGUCAUGGAAUGUACGAUGACACCGUCGCAACCGUCUCACUCAUGUCAUACGUCUGGCACGACAUACCUGCAAAGAAACGCAGCAGUGUCCAUUCGCGACCGGGAGAGCCACAUGACCGCCGUCAGGAGAGAGGAGAACAGCUUCUUCGGACUGAUCAAGCUCAUGGACGCUCCGGAAUCAGCCGAGAAAUUGCUCUUGGGGUGAGCUGUCCCGUCCUUCCCGGCAAGUCUUUGAAAGAAGAAGAAGAAGAAGAAGAAGAAAACGAAGAAUCUACAAGCGGUACCUGAGCGCUUCAUUCGGUUGCAACAGGAUGUAAACAAUCGUGCUGUUAAAGAUGAAAUGAGUCUUCGAAGCUAAACAAUUUUUUUUUUUUAAAUUUCAUUUACGAUUAGGUUCGAUGUCUCAUUUUCAAAAGAGGUUUUUAGUGUAUACGUUGAAAAGUAUAGAUUUACGUUAUUUAUCGGUCGCAGCACUAAACAAUUUUGCUGUUAAAAAACAAAGUUUGUUUAUAUUUAUGAUUAGGUGUGAUAUCUUACUUGCAAAAGGAGACCUGAAAAACGAGAAAAAUAUAAAUUAAUAUUAUUUAUUGAUUGUAGCAAUAAGACUUUAUUUAUCUCCUGAUUAUUUUUGCAAAGUAGAUAUCAUGGAUUUGCUUAAAUUUCCUGUAUUUUAAGACUAUAAUAAUUAUUAUGGCAAGUUACCGCAGCUAAUCAGUAACAAUCCUGAUCUUUUCCUCGCCUCCUAAUGGAACAACUUACAUUUUCCUGAACACUUUCUUUGGGAUUCCACGGAAAUUUUAUUGGGAGUUCCGGGAACUUUGGAAUCUACAGAUUAUUAUAUUUUGGGAAUUCUGGUCUUGUCUGUAUAUAGGAAUCUACAGUGUUCGAUUGGCAGCUAGUGAGCAGGGAACCUCAACCAUGGAACUGGUUGGAACUAACGAGAAAAAAAAAAAGAUUUAUCCCUUUUAUCAUUUUUCCAUAUAACCCAAUUUUUAUUUAGUAUUUCGUUUAUAUUUAUCGCCCCCUACUUUUUGUUUUAACCUUUGUAAGUGUACUUUGUAGGACUUUGCAGGUGUUCAAAGUUUGACUAAUGUGGCGUCAAAGAAAAUUGCCUUUCUUUUUUUUGUGUUAUCGUCCUUAACUAUGCCUCAACUGCGUGUCUUUUAUCUUCACUGGGAUGAUGAAAUGUGUAGAAAUGUAGUGUAUCUCUUUUAUAACAAUACUAUGGGAAAUUCAACGUACGGUUAUUCUUGCAAGCUUUUUUUGCUUUAUGUCUGAAGUGUUUGGUUAGGAAGCUUGCUUUCUUAUUUUGAUUUUUAAAUUUUCCUUUUUUAUAUUUUCCUGUACCUCGUCCCGCCCCCCAUCGUUUCUGUACUCUUAUCCCCUUCCAACAAAGCAGGCGACUGGCUCUCUUCUGUCCCAUUUGAUAGUUUGUUUGUUUGUUUGUUGUAGCGCCUCAGCGGUGUGGUUAGUAUGGUAUUAGCGUCCCACCUCGGUGGUCGCGGGCUCGAUUCUCGGCCAUUCCAUUGAGGAGUGAGAGAUGUGUAUUUUUGGUGAUAGAAGUUCACUCUCGACAUGUUUCGGAAGUCACGUAAAGCCGUUGGUCCCGUUGCUGAAUAACCACUGAUUCCUUGCAACGUAAAAGCACCAUGCAAACAAACAAAACAAACAAACAAACAUUUGAUAGUGAGCUGGAGUAAAUUUUCAUUCAAAUGUUUUUCUGUCAACGAGAGGAUAACGAAUGAAGGAGAAUAUGUGAGGGUGUAAAUUCAUAAUCUUUAAAAUACCUGUCCUUUUGACCAUAUUAUUCUCUGUCUCCUCUAUGUUUCUUUCUAGCGUUAAGAAAUGAUAACUUACUUCGAUGUAGCUUAGUGACAGAUGUGGAUGUACAUUAUUUUCUUAUCGAGAAUUAUAUAUUAACCAGAACAUAUGCUGUUAAUAUGAAACCGCUUUUUUUUUUUAUAAAUAUUAUCCAAAGAAAUAUAAUGUUUUAUAAAUGUUCAUUAGAGGGAAAACUUUAUUUUGAUUAACGCUGAAUGUUCCGUCGAAAUCCCUUAAAUGGAAUAAAAUCUUGUAUUGGCCUACGUUCAUGACGAAAUAUUUUAUGCUUCUAGAACAGCAAGCUUUAACUAAGAUUAAUAAGCGAGUGAUAUUUAUGCAAAGAUUCUCUCUGCCAGUAGGUAUCCUCAUCGGCGGGUGGUUUAAUUGCAUUUCAAAUCGCAAUCUCUGUACAUUUAAAGAAUCAUUUACCUACAUCAUUCUCAAGUGAAACACUUU